AAUAUUUUUAGAUAGCUAUUCAAUAAGAACUUUUAAUCAAGAUUAUCCAGACUUUUCUCAUAUUGUAGUGACAUAUAAAUCAGGUAGCACAACAUUCAUCUCUCGGUAUAAUAUAAUAUCUUUAGGACAUUAUCCUACUAAUGUUAUAAUGACACAAAAUAAUUCUAAAGAUGGGAGACAGUAUUGGAUACCCAAUGACUAUAUUGUUGAAACUGAAUUUGGAAAAAGAAAACUUCACAGUGAAAUUAAAUACACAUCAUAUCAAAAAGAAAUCAAUUACAGUGAACCACAAUCAUCAGGUCCUCGUGUUUUUGGAUUAGACAUAGGAAAAUUGCAUCAGUGUAGAUUAGAAGCUUUAGCUAUACCUACAGUUUCUAAAAGGCGUCCUCUUUCUGUAAUACAAACUAAAUCAGGAUAA